ACAAAGCCAAGCAAAUCUGCCAGAAAUCGGUGCACCACGCGUCGUCCCCAGUGUGGUAUAGAGGAACACGAAAAUGCGAAGCUCUCGGAUGUAAAAUAAACGCGGUUUAUGCGAUGAGUCUGCAGAAAAGCCCAUUUGUCAACAUGACCUCUUACAGAAUUGCUGACUGUCAGUCUUUCACCUCGAAUGCGAGGGGACAUCGUGACAGCGGCUCUCUCGCUGCUCAAGAACUGCUCCGCCGAUUCCACCCACCGAUUUUCCGAAAAGGCUGACCCGUCCAACUGAGUCGACGCCCAGAUGAGCUAUUCGGAUUUGGCGGAACUGGCUGCGUGCGUGGACAGCUUCGUUCAUUCUUCUUGUUUGGAACUGCGCAAAUGUGAACAUCGAUAUCAAACGCGGAAUGUUCGCAUGCGAAUACAUGACGCUGCGGAUUAUAUCUCCAAAAGGUUACGAAGCGAUCCAACUGAGAAGAGCAGGCGCCUUUGGACGCCCGAUCCGGCUGCAGCUGGCCCGGUUCCGAAUGUUCGAGACGGGUUCUUUUGUCUUCGGGCUCGCAUCAUGAGCGGGGUGAAUUCCUCAUUGCGUGCCCUGGCUCAUUUAGGUUGUACCAUGCAUCUAGUUGAGUUUGGUAUAAAAUCUAACACCCUUGCGACAAAUCUGCAUCAUCUGCAACUCUCGCCCCGAUUUUAUCUCGACCCCAAGCGACUGAAUAUGAAGGUACUGGCUAUUGUGUAUGACGGUGGUGAAGCUGCGGUAAAAGAGCCCCGUUUGCUUGGGACGACGGAAAAUAAACUGGGGCUCGCCGACUGGCUUGUUGCGCAGGGACACGAGCUCGUCGUAUCCAGUAGCAAAGAUGGCCCGGACAGUCAUUUCGAGCAGCACAUCGUUGAUGCUGAAGUGCUCAUCACCACCCCAUUUCAUCCCGGGUAUCUCACCCGCGAGCUUAUGGACAAGGCGAAGGAGCUUAAGAUCUGCAUCACCGCCGGAGUAGGCUCGGACCACAUUGACCUCGACGCCGCCGUCGACCACCACAUCCAAGUCCUCGAAGUAUCGGGCUCGAAUGUCGUAUCCGUCGCCGAGCACGUCGUCAUGUCCAUUCUCAUUCUCGUUCGCAACUUUGUGCCCGCACACGAAAUGAUUGAGCGCGGUGACUGGCAAGUGUCAGACAUUGCCCGCGACGCAUUUGAUCUCGAGGGCAAGGUCGUCGGGACCAUCGGAGCGGGUCGCAUCGGGUACCGCGUCCUGCAGCGGUUGCAGCCAUUCAACUUGAAGGGUUAUCUGUACUAUGACUACAAUCCUCUUUCGGAAGAUGCGACGAAGGCAGUGAAAGCUACUCGAAUUUUGGAUCUUAAGGCAUAUCUAUCUCCUCACUACCAUUCCAAUAUACUGAAUCACUGCGACAUUGUCACCGUCAACGCUCCACUGCACGAAGACACCCGGAAUCUCAUCAACGACGAGCUCCUCUCGUACUUCAAGCCCGGCGCCUGGCUCGUGAACACCGCCCGCGGUGCGAUCUGUGACAAAGACGCCGUGGCACGCGCGCUCGCCAGCGGCCGCCUGCGCGGCUACUCCGGCGACGUAUGGGACGUCCAGCCGGCGCCGCAGGACCACCUCUGGCGCACGAUGAAAAAUCCGCUCGGCGGCGGGAACGCUAUGGUUCCGCAUUAUGCCGGCUCGACGCUCGAUGCGCAGGUCCGCUAUGCCGAGGGCACCAAGGUGAUUCUGGCGAACUAUAUCCACGGCAAGGAGCAGGAUCCGCAUAAUAUCAUUGUGGGCACCGGGAAGUACCAUAGCAAUGCUUACGGGCAGCGUGGAAAUAUCGUCUAGCUUCUCUGUAGCCAUCUUGUCUCAUCUGACACGCGUGUAAUGGAGAUUGAUUGAGUCCCAGAGCUUGGCCUAGAAUCGACCAGGUCACGCGUUGGGGUUGAAAUUUGGAUCACGUGGCUUUGUUGGACUCGUGUUGGGGCUUGGUCCGCAGUCUUGAAGUAGC